UCCAACCCACUGAUCUUUUGCAGACUGUAAUCUUAUCAGUGUCAAACCGUAGCUGCCCUUUCCUCUCGGGCAGUUUCUGCCUGUCUUUGGAUGGCGUUUCCGCCUAAAUCUGGAUCAGAAAAACGAUUUUUAUCAUAGAAAACUUUUAUCAGCAAAGGAGUUAGUUACAUUGACAGUUACAGGCGCGUUAACUGUGUGAUAAAAUGAACAUUUGACCGUUUAAACUUUCGACCAGAAGAAGACAUGGAAUCUACAUGUAAAGAAAGGACUCUUUUAUACUUACUUCUCUUUGCAAUAUGCACAGCCAGCGUUUGCCUUUGUGCAAGAAGAUCAAAUGCUCGGAGAUCUGAUCGUCUAAGUCCUCCAUUAGACAUCCAGCUGGAGACAGUCAACUGCACCACCUUCAGAGUACGAUGGAAGAUGCCCCGGCGACACGUCAGCACCAUCACCGGAUACAAGGUUUUCUACACAGAGGUGAGGAAUGGCCGCCCAAUGGGUACAGCAUCUUUGAUGGAGGUGCCUCUCAGCUUGGACAUGCUGACCACUGGGCAAUUUGAUGGACAGGCAAGCUUUGACGUGGACGUGGGUAACCUUAAGAUGAACACUAAAUACAGGGUCACCGUAGGAGCGUAUGGUUGGGCAGGGGAGGGUAGACCCAGCAUGCCCAGAGACAUCAGCACUGCUUCACAUGACAUGUGCAUGCCCCCAUCGCCACCAACUCAGCCUGUCGUUAUGGCUGUCUCUGACACGGAGCUGGCAUUGUCAUGGCAGCAAGGCGAAAGUGAGGGAAGUGCACCUGUCCUCCACUUCCUCGUGGCCUACAUCAGGCCAGAAAUGGACACGGAGUGGACAUAUAUCCGUGAGCCCAUUGAGACCAGCUCCAUGGUUUUGAAGGGGUUAUUACCGGAAACAGAGUAUCAGUUUGUUGUCAGGGCGGCCAACGUGUACGGAGUCAGCCCACCCAGCCACAUCAACAACCCUGUGCGCACUCUGGGUGCAUCGGAUGUGGGCAGUGGUGAUUACGGGCGUUACAUCACAGAUUCAGGGAUCAAAGAUGAUGAUGGCUUUGACGUUGAUGACUCUGAUUAUGAUGUCUUUAUCGAAGAGUUGAAGCCAUUCCCAGGUAUCAAUCAGGACAACAGGAAGUCCCAGCUCCGUUCACGCCCUGAACCGCCAUCUGGUCGGAACGUUGUUUACCGUAUGAACACAAUAGCUCCUCCCAACGUCACUGCCUCUCCAGCAGCCACUACCACCUCAUCCGUCUUCCCAGACUUCACUGAUCUGAUUUUUCCAACCACCUCAGAGCCCAGUACCACUUUUGACACCACAACUACUGCCCCACUGACCACUACCAUCAUCACUCUGCCUACCACCACCACCACCCCAACCAUGUCCCCCUGGAAAGGUGAGGUGCCUCGUGUGUAUGACCUGACCUGCGAUGAUACCGUGUGCCCCCCCGACAGCUUCUGUCUCAGCGAUUAUGAAGGUGGAGGCUCCCGCUGCCACUGUAACCUCGGACGAAGAGGGGACACUUGCUCUGAGGUGGUGUCGGUGAACUUUCCGAGGUUCUUUGGCUACUCUCAUAUGACCUUUGAACCCUUGAAGAACUCUUAUCAGACCUUUCAGAUCACUUUAGAGUUCAAGGCAGACUCUGAGGACGGCUUGUUGCUCUACUGUGGAGAAAAUGAGCACGGCCGCGGAGACUUUAUUUCUUUGGCUCUGGUGCGAGGCAAGCUGCACUACAGGUUUAACUGUGGCACAGGAGCAGCUCAAAUAGUCAGUGAGAGUCGUAUUGUGGUGGGUCAGUGGCACACAGUCACAGUCUUCAGGGACGGCAUGAGCGGCUGGCUGCGAAUGGAUAACGACACGCCCAUAUCUGGGCGCUCUCAGGGCCAGUACACUAAAAUCACUUUCCGCUCCCCGCUGUAUGUGGGUGGAUCCCCGAGUGCUUACUGGCUGGUCAGGGCGACAGGGACAAAUCGUGGCUUUCUUGGCUGCAUUCAGAGUCUGACCAUCAAUAACAAGGCCACAGACAUCAGACCCUGGCCUCUGGGCAGAGCUCUGAGUGGAGCUGACAUAGGUGAGUGCAGCGACAGUGUGUGUGACAUGAUCAGCUGUGCCAACGGUGGAGCCUGCUUUGCAAACCGUGCUGAUGGCUACAUCUGCCUGUGCCCGCUCGGCUUCAGGGGAGCUCUUUGUGAAGAGACUUUCCUACUGUCCUCACCUCUCUUUAAUGAGACAGUGUUUUCAUACGCUGUCAUCCCGUGGCCUCAGUCCUCUCAGAGUUAUCUGUCCUUCAUGGAGUUUGAGCUCACAUUUCGGCCUUCGAUGCCCGACGGAACGUUGCUCUACAGUGAUGAUGCAGGCAGCGGAGACUUCCUGGCUAUCAACCUGGUGGACAGAUAUGUAGAGUUCAGAUUUGACUGUGGAUCUGGAGGAGCUACAAUAAGGAGUGAAGAGCAGAUCAGUCUGGACACGUGGCAUGAGUUGAGGGUGUCACGCACAGCAAAGAGCGGUAUUCUUCAGGUGGACAGCCAAAGGCCAAUAGAAGGAAUCGCUGAGGGAGCUUUCACUCAGAUAAACUGCAGCUCUCCUCUUUAUAUCGGUGGAGUGCCAGAAUAUGAUAAAACCAAGAGGACUGCAGGUGUAAUAAAGCCCUUCACUGGAGUUAUCCAGAAGCUGAUACUCAAUGACCGUACUAUCCCGAUAACAACUGGCUCCGCAGAUGGAGUUAAUGUAGCAAAUUCAGCCCACCCAUGUGUGGAGAGUCCCUGUGCCAACGGAGGGACCUGCAGGCCGAAAUGGGACAGCUAUGAGUGUGACUGCCCCCUAGGGUACGACGGGAGGCACUGCCAGAAAGCUGUGACUGAAGCCAUUGAGAUCCCGCAGUUCAUCGGCCGAAGUUACCUGACAUAUGACAACAGAGACAUCCUGAAAAGGGUUUCUGGGUCCAGGACAAACCUUUUUAUGCGUUUUAAGAGCACAGCUAAGGAUGGACUGUUACUUUGGCGAGGAGACAGUCCAAUGAGACCGAACAGUGACUUCCUGUCAAUGGGGCUACAGGAUGGUGCACUUAUCUUCAGUUUUAACCUGGGCAGUGGUGCGGCCAACAUCGCUGUCAACGGGACCUUUACAGAUGGAAAAUGGCACAGAGUCAAAGCUGUGAGGGAUGGCCAGUCAGGGAAGCUGACAGUGGAUGAUUAUGGAGCAAAAACAGGCAGGUCACCAGGAAAGAUGAGACAACUCAACAUCAACGGACCCUUAUAUGUUGGUGGCAUGAAAGAAAUAGCUCUUCACACAAACAGACAGUACGUUGGAGGCUUGGUGGGCUGCGUGUCGCACUUCACGCUCUCCACUGAUUAUCACUUAGCGCUGGUGGAGGAUGCUGCUGAUGGCAAGAACAUCAACACCUGCUCUAACUAAAAAAUGGCUUCAAUACACGAAGGUCCGUUUGACAUUUUCAACUGGAGCCAACACCUCGACCAGCUGAAUAGUGACUUAAACUAUUACAUUUUGGUUUUACCAAAUCAGGGCUGACACGGUAUGAACUCAAAGUGGGAAAAGACAAACAACAAAGUUACUUUGAGUCACAAGAAGAUUAAAAUGGCUCCUGUGUGCAAAGUUUUUAAACUAACUCUAAACUGCCAAGUUGUACAUUUUAUUUUAAUGUUAACAACAUGUAUUGCUCUGAAAAACAGUUUGGACACAGCAAAAACGACCAGAGGAUAUUUCAAAGCACAAGUACUCUGUGAAAGGAGAAAAAAAGCUUAGCUUUAUGGGUAAUGGCGGUCUUUGAAGGACAUUUUUUUUUUCAUGGGAUGAUUCCAAUCGUAUCUUUAUUUUUUCUACUGUAAAUCCUUAUUUGAUUGCUGGAAGAACAAAGUGAUCCAAGGGAUCAAGAGUUAUCAAGUUUUUCAUGAACUGACCUAGAGCAGCUAGCAGAGAUAAACUUCUUUGUAGAGGAUUUUGGUUGUGGCUCUAGAGGAUUUCUGUUGUUUCUGUUGUUGUGGCAUCGUAUUCUUGUUCGUGAUGUAUUAUCAGUCUGUAGAAAACAUUUUUUAAAGUCUGAUUGAUGUCAGUUUUUUAAGGUUGCUAGUUCCGAAAGGUGAAAAUACCAUCUGCACACAAUAUUUCUGUCUUUAAAUGCUCUUCUUUUAGUUUACAUACUCCUUUAUUUGAAACUCUUAGAGUCACAUGAAAGUCUGACACGGUGAAAAAGCCAAAAUCCCGGAGAAUUUGUGCAUGACAGUCUGUCAUCUGACACAUACCACAGCCCUGUGGACUUCAGCCUUCAAAUUGAACUUUUCUGUUAUUUAAGCAUUUGCAGUGCAAGAUUGUCAAGAUUUAGUGCUUUUCCAUGCCGAAACUUUACUUCUUAAAAGGGACAUUCUGCGGAUGUCCCAACAUCUAUUUUGCAUUUCUUUUUUAAAUUAUUGCUUAACUGUUGUUGCCCUCCAAAAGUGACACCAUGAGAGCUACACCCUGCUUUCAAAGUUUGAGCUCAGAACAAAUCCACUAAUAAAUAGUCAGUUAUUACAUGGCUCUACAUCUUGAAGUUAUUUGUGGAGAAAAAAAGAAAGUCUGUGGCAUUUUCAACAAGCGAGUCAAGCAUUUUAAACGAGGUGCAGUCAAUGAAAUACACUGUGUGACUGGUGGCUGAUCAGAUGGGUUGGCCAUCUACUGUAAAGAAUAUAGCACAUAUUAACUGUUGAAACAUGUAUCUUAAAUAGCUGUUAAUCAUAGACUGCAGGGAAAUGUUGGUGUAGCAUCUGUGAUGUGAGCACGUGUCUGAAGAUCCAUUCAAAGGUUUAUGCUUGCUGCCAACUUUAACAUUUACUAAAGCCAGAUAAUACAAGAUUUUUGAAGGAACUGACCUGUUUCACUGUACUUGUUCGAUCACAAUCCCCCUGUCUGUAUUCCUGAACAGUUCAUAUUUAUAAGGCAAAU